AUGCAUACCCACCAAGUUGAUCCAGAUGGAGAUAUCAUUCUCUUCACACCGGCAACCUCAGAAGCUCCCUCAGUUGACGUCAUCGAAGGCAAUGUGCCUGGAGAGCACACUCGCUUUCAAGUCUCAUCGAAGCACCUCACACUUGCUUCAGAUUAUUUCAAGCGGAUGCUAAAAGCGUGCUGGGCUGAAGGGGUUGCUCUUUCGGCAUACGGGUCCGUAGAGAUUCCCGUCAAUGACUGCAAACCUGAAAUUCUUCUGAUCAUUUUGAACAUUAUUCAUGGACAUUCACGACAAGUCCCUCGAAAGUUGUCUCUACCGCAAUUGACCGAUAUCGCCGUGGCCACCGACUUCUUUCAAUGCCACGAGGCACUCGAGGUGUUUGCUGGUACUUGGAUUCAAGACCUUAAGCCGCCUAUUUUGUCCUCGUUCUCAGAAGAUACAAAAAAGUGGAUGAUGAUCGCCUGGGUCUUCAAGGCCAAUGAUAUUCUUCGAGACACAGAAACAAUUGCCAUGCAGCAAGGAACAGGUCCAUUUCAGGCAAGCAGUCUACCGAUUUCAAAAAGCAUUAAAGACAAAAUCGAUCAAUCCAGACAAAAUUACAUAGAAUUGCUCCAGGAAAAGAUUGGAGAACGGAUCGAAACCCUGUUGAACAGCCCAGCCGCGAAGAAAAAGUCUUGUUGUGCCCCGGGCUGUGAUGCAAAACACCUCGGUCUUGUCCUUCGCAAACUGAACGAAAAGAAGAUAUCUUACUCAUACAAGCCUUGCUCCCCCUUUUUCACAGUCGGUCUUGAAAAUGUCAGUCCUAUUACCAUCUGCCUUAUGGUCGCAUAUGGGAGAUCGGACGGCCGGGCCUAUUGUGCUCCCCGUAAGCGUUGUGAAAACUACCGCUACCUUUUCGGAGAUGAUGCUGCACGCGAAGCACGGAAACUUCCAACUUCGCGAUAG